AUGGCGGCGGCGGUGGUGGCGGGAGCGCUCCGGCGGGGAAGAGCCGGCGCGGGCGGCGCGGCAGAGAGGACGCUGCGUAGGCUCGUGAGCACACUGAUCAUAGCGGAGCACGAAGGCGGGCUCGUGAAGCCCUCGUCUCUGAGCGCACUGGCGGCCGCCGAGGCCAUCGCCAAAGAGAAUAAGGUGUCUCUUCUCCUCGGUGGAUCCGGACCGACUCUGCAUAAGGCUGCUGAGCAUGCUGCAUCUAGCCACCCAUUGGUCAAUGAGGUUCUUGUUGCAGAUUCAGACAUAUUUGCACAUCCUUUAGCCGAGCCUUGGGCCGAGCUGCUCCGCUCCGUGCAGCAGAAAGGGGGAUACUCUCAUGUUAUAGCCUCUUCGACAUCGUUCGGGAAGAAUUUGCUUCCACGCGCCGCGGCUCUUCUAGAUGUCUCCCCUGUCACGGACGUCACUGCAAUCUCUGAGCCCCGGGUCUUUGUGAGGCCAAUCUAUGCUGGAAAUGCACUCUGCACUGUACGAUAUACUGGGGAGUCUCCUUGUAUGAUGAGCAUUAGAUCAACAUCAUUUUCUCCAGCUACCGAGUCUAUGUCAGAAACUAAAGUUGCGCCUAUAACCCAGGUUGAUCUCUCUUUCCUCAGUGAAGCAAGCUCAAGGAAAUCUUCGUGGGUGAAUCUUACAUCCCAAGAUACAGAACGGCCAGACCUGGCAAAUGCACGUGUGGUAGUCACUGGAGGCAGAGGUUUGAAGAGCGCCGAGAAUUUCAAAUUGUUGGAGCAGCUGGCAGAGAAACUUGGCGCCGCAGUGGGUGCGACCAGAGCUGCCGUCGAUGCAGGAUAUGUGCCAAAUGAACUACAAGUUGGGCAGACCGGGAAGAUCGUUGCGCCUGAGGUCUACAUUGCUUUCGGGGUUUCAGGGGCGAUACAACACUUGGCGGGGAUGAGAGAUUCCAAGUACAUCGUGGCGGUCAACAAAGACGCGGACGCCCCAAUCUUUCAGGUCGCAGAUUACGGGAUCGUUGGCGAUCUGUUCCAGGUCCUCGAGGAGCUCCUGGAGAAGAUCCCAGACAAGAAAUAA